UGCGUGGAAAAAUAGCUCUCACGUUUUACACCUUACAGCAGUGAAUAAGAGAGAGACAGAAAGAGGCGAAGUGAAGAGCGAGUGUGAGUGAGAGAGAGGGAAAAGAGAGAGCCAUACAGGCAGAGUUACGGACAGAGCAGAGUAAGAUAUGGAUAGAGUGACAGAGAAAUGAUAGAAAGACAGGUUAGAGUGAGGGAGGAAUAGGUAGAAAGAAAACCGAAAGGAAAAAACGGAGAGAAAACCAGUUAGAGUGGGAAAGAAAUGGAGAGAAAGAAAGUGAGAGAAAACAUAUUUACAUUGAGAGAGAGUUAGAGUGAGUGAGUGAGAGACAGACAGACGGCAGAUAGCAGUAGACGAAAAUGUGUAACAAACAAAGAGAGAGAGAGAGAGAGAGAGAGAGAGUAGUGAGAAAUAGAAAGACAGAGAAAGUUUGUUAAGUUUAAAAACUAAAAAGUGAGCAUUCCUUCCGUGUUAAAAUAUUCUGAAAUUUGAAGUUUGCUUUACUCUGCACAAAGAAUUUCGUAAACCGUGUGAUUUCGGAUUACAAGAGAAUAUAUGGUGAGAGUUUGCCGCGUAUACUAGACCAACAACAACAGCACACACACAUACGCACAUAUACAUACAUAUAUAGAUAUACUUAUACAUACAUAUAUAUAUAUGAAUAUACAUCCGCACACAUACAUAUAAUAACGUGUUGUAGUUGCUGAAUCUUGAUUAUAUUUGCAGCUGCUGCUACUGUUUAUCCCUGUGUGAACCCUGCUCCAGAAGACCUACAAUCGAAAGCACUCCAGUUAUGAGCUCUCUGUAUAAUUUCUACUCAAACAUUGUGUAUCUUAUUACUACAUGACUCAAUAAUCAAAGAAGAAAACUUUAAAGAAACCGGCAUCAAAAACAUCUAAAACAUGCUUGAUCUAUUUUCCAAGACAUUCAUGACUUCUUAUUUCCUGUCCAAACUUCAGAACAUAAAAGCCACUGUCAGUUAAAAAAAAACAAACUGAUACACACAUACGUACAUAUACACACAUAUAUAAAUACACACACACAUGCUCACACACAUGUAUAUGAAUAUAUACAUGUGUGUGCGUAUCUCUUUUAAAUUGAGAAAUUUAACAUAGUUUUCUAUGAUAAACUCUGAGUUAUAGAAAGAUUUUCUCAACUUCAAAUACUUAUAUGCAUUACCCCUGCAACUUAGAAUUGAUUACUUUUCUUGGUAUUGUAAUACACACACACACACUAUAUAUAUAUAUACCUUAGAUGCAAAAAAGUGUAUAAUAUAGCCUAUUGGAAUGAAAACUUGUUUCUGCUGUGAACCAUAAAACAAUACUAACCACUUCACCAAAGUGACAUCACAACUUCAUCCGUCCAAAUUAAAAGCCUUAACCUAACAAGAUUCCUACAUAUGUAUGUGUAAGACAGAGAGGGAGAGAGAGACAGACACUAAAAGCACAGAUUUGUAACAGAAACAGAUCAGCCCCUUUGGUGUAAACCAAACCUUAUAUUCUAUCAAUCCGAUUUAGAAUUAAAAAUUGUCAAACUAUUUCAAAAUGAAUGAGUCUGCCAACACAACGACUUCUGAAACAAAAGAAUUAAGUACACUUGACUUUGUUCUCUUAUUUGUUGUUGUUCUACUGCCAGUGGUUUGUAACUUGGCCUAUACCAUAUAUAGGUUUAUCACCAAAAAAAAUACUGGUCGCAGAGUUGCUGUUAACACCAUACCAGUGGCAUUAUCUCUUACAGCAAGUUACCUUUCAGCCAACACAAUAAUGGGAGUACCAGCUAUUAUGAUAGACCAAGGACUCACAUACUGGUUCCUGAUUUUAGCCUUUCCACUCUCCAUGGCUAUUGUGGCACAUUUGAUUCUUCCAGUGACUUAUAAUGCAGAUCUACCUGAUAUUUAUAUGUACCUUGAGUUACGCUAUUCACAUUGGUUUCGCUUGCUUGGAGCAGCAGUGUUCUGCAUUCUUCAGAUGGUCUACCUGUCAAUUGUUCUUCAUGGACCUGCUAUUUUGUUUGAGUUAAUUCUCAAAAAAGAUUCAACAAUAUCUAUAAUAUCCAUUGGUAUGAUCUGUUCUUUGUACACAGCAUUAGGUGGACUGAAAGCCAACACUUAUAUUGAGGCUUUUCAAUUAAUUACAAUGUUUAUUGGUCUUCUGGCCAUUGUUAUCUCUACCUUUUCUUCGAGGAACGUUGCAGAGGUUUUCUACAAUGCAACAAUUAAUGAUACAGCUGCUUCUAUGUUUCAAGAAGGUAAAAACUACUCCAUCACAUCAACAAUAAUUGGUGGAACUGUGCUUUAUGCAUCAAUUUAUGCUGUCAACCAGUCUCAAGUGCAAAGAUAUUUUUCAUGUGCUACACUGAAAAAAGCCAAAUGGAGCCUUUGGUUGAACAGCCCGGGUUUAAUUGUGAUUGUCUCCCUUUGUUGUAUGUUUGGUGCAGUUCUUAGGUCAAGUGAAACCAAAAAUGAAAAGAAAAUAGACAUGCGGGCUGGUAGAUUCGUGGUGGAGGAUGUCGAUGUGGGAGUUGCUGGAUUGUUUAUUGCAGGUGUCUUUAAUGCUACAAUGAGUUCAAUAUCCUGUGGACUUAGUGCUACUAAUAGUGUUUUGUUCAGAAACUUGCUGCCAAAACGCAUUACACAAAUGCGGAACUCAGAAGUGGCUUCAAGCAUAUUGUCUUUUUUCGUUGGGAUAUUGUGCGUAUGUUUGGCCAUUUUGAUCCAGAAUGAGCAAGGCAUCUUAAAGGCAUCUUUCUCCUUUUAUGGAAUAUUUUGUUGUCCAAUGUUUGGAGUAUUUAUUUUGGGGAUAUUUUUCCCAUUUGUUCAUAAAUGGGUAAGUUUUAUUUUCAUGAUCAUUAUCAACAUCAUCAUCAUCCUCAUCAUCAUCAUCAUCAUCAUCAUCAUCAUCAUCAUCAUCAUCAUCUUCAUCGUCGUCGUCGUCGUCACCAUCUCUUCCAAUAUACUUUAGAAUUUCUUAAAAUUC